AAACAAGUCCUGGAAAGUCGUAUUCCUCUUCUACCACUACUCCAUCACAGAUCGCCACCAUGCCGAACUUCCACCUCAGCGCAGAGGACAUCUCCCUCGAGGAUGGCCACAUCCUCCACGCCAAGGUUGCAAACGAGGAAGGCGAGUUCCUUGAUUCGCAACUGGAUCUCGACUACUACAUCGGCAAUGACGAUGGAAACUUCCAAUGGGGUGGUGAAAACUACUCCCAUUCUGCUGAAGACAUUUCGUUUGAGCUCGAGGGCGACGACAAUGUCCCAGUUCUACGAGCGAGCCUCGGCAACAUGGAAGGCGAGAACGUUUCUCGCGAUCUUAAUCUCGCCGAGUGCAUCGGCAACGACAACGGCGUGCUGGUUUUUGUUCCCCAGCAGUGAAAGGAACUUUUAUGAGAUGAAAGCUUCGAAGUUGGACGUUCUGGCCGGUAGUUUAUAUAGCUGCCACGUGUACGGAGGUAUCACAGUCUGUGAUGAGACCAGGCGGUCAGCAACAGUGGGACUGUUUGGACCCAGUUUAGCCACUACUUCCAACCAAUAAAAAAUCAACAGUAUACCUUUCUGGAAUUCACGGGAUCUAAAUUUCCUCUAAUCUCUUGCCGACGUUUUAAUCCACUCUCGCAUGAACCCCUGCACAAGGCGCUUACCCUAGACCGGAGAAUAAAAUCAGGCACCACAUUAUUAUUGCCAUCCUGAAUAGAAC